AUGUCCAAGGCAUCCGCCCUUCUCGUCUCCCUAACGGGUGCGGCUCUUGUCGCCGCCCACGGCCAUGUCAGCCACAUCAUUGUCAAUGGCGUCUACUACCAGAAUUACGACCCUACAACCCACUGGUACCAGCCCAACCCACCAACAGUGAUCGGCUGGAAGGCUUCCAACCAGGACAACGGCUUCGUUGAGCCCAACAACUUCGGCACCUCCGAUGUCAUCUGCCACAGGAGCGCUACUCCCGGUGGCGGCCAUGCCACAGUAGCUGCUGGUGACAAGAUCAGCAUCGUCUGGGACCCCGUCUGGCCCGAGUCCCACGUCGGUCCCGUCAUCGACUACCUGGCCGCCUGCAACGGCGACUGCGAGUCCGUCAGCAAGGAGUCGCUCAAAUGGUUCAAGAUUGACGGCGCCGGCUACGACCAGGCCGCCGGCCGGUGGGCCGCUGACGCUCUCCGCGCCAACGGCAACAGCUGGCUCGUCCAGAUUCCGUCCGACCUGAAGGCCGGCAACUACGUGCUCCGCCACGAGAUCAUCGCCCUCCACGGCGCCUCUAGCCCCAACGGCGCUCAGUCCUACCCGCAGUGCAUCAACCUCCGGGUUACCGGCUCCGGUAGCACCGUCCCGAGCGGCGUCGCCGGCACUUCCCUGUACAAGGCGACCGACCCCGGCAUUUUGUUCAAUCCCUAUGUCCCAAGUCCCAACUACCCCGUCCCCGGCCCCGCGCUCAUUCCCGGCGCCGUGAGUUCCAUUCCCCAGAGCAAGUCGACCGCCACCGCCACCGCCUCGGCCACCCUCCCCGGCGGCGGCGGCUCCCAGCCCACCACCACGUCUUCCGUGGUCACCAGCGUCUCGAGCAUCAGCCGCCCGCCCGUGUCGACCAGCACCACCCUGAGGACGAGCACCGUCGUACCGUCCAGCUCCACCACCCCGAGCCCCACCGGCGGCGCAACCCAGACCAAGUACGGCCAGUGCGGCGGCAGCGGCUGGGCCGGCCCGACCGCAUGCGCCGCUGGCUCCAGCUGCUCGGUGCUGAACCCUUGGUACGCCCAGUGCGUCUAA